AUGUCUUGCUGUAGGGAUUCGAACCCUGAUGGGUUGUGGAGGGAUAUUUACGGUGAUCCGGUUCGACCACGCCGUAACGGCUAUGCAUGGCCUCCUGAUUUUCUACAAAUCGCGUCAUGGGCAUAUAUUUUCAUUGUUUCGCUUACUCACUUCCUAGUUGAAGUACCAUAUUUGGAGGGUUCUCUAUUUGUUGUGGUUUUGGUAAUCUCGUUGGUCGUGACGGUUAGUGUAGUGGCCCUGAAAGUGACUUUAGAGAUGCUUCCUCAGGAGGAUCCAAGCGUGUUCGCGGAUGGUCCUCCGAGGCUUGAACAGGAGGAUCUGACCGCAGAGGCGGCGCCCGAAGGGGAAGAACCAUGCGUCUUCUGUCGGCGAUUUGUACAGGAAGGCUGUAAGCAUUGUAGCGUGUGUGAUAAAUGUGUUCCCGGAUUUGACCACCACUGCCGCUGGCUGAACACUUGUGUGGGUACAAAAAAUUAUUCAAUGUUCGCAACUUUUAUGGGUCUCUCGUGGAUCGGAAUGGCCUGGAUUGCGGGUUUUAGUAUCUGGUUUGCCCAAGAUGCACUUCGGGAUAUAGAUCGUUUCAAGCAGCGUAUGCGAAAUCACGCUUACCACAGCAACACCAAUGCGUUUCCAGCCAUUAUGUUCUUUGUUUUCCUCUGCUUAGCGCUUACUCUGAUCGGUAUUGGCUUCCUCGGUAGGUUGAUUUCGUUUCACAUCUAUCUGCGAUAUACACACAAAACCACGUACGAAUACCUCCUCGAGCGUCGCGAAAGGAAGAGGAGAAAAGGCAUCUAUGUAAGUUCUUCUAUGAAGCCUCGUAAGAAAGGAUUGCGGGGGUGCAUGGAACUGAAGAGGCGUAGGAACUUUAAAAAACACUCAAAACCUCCCAUAGAAACCGCAUCAGGUCAUUUGAUGACCAAUGAAAAUAGUGGUCGGAGGGAAUAUGAAGCCAGCACGGGUGGCACAUCGCAAGGGGUUGAAUCGAGGCCAGAUGAAAUAGGAAUGAGUAGCAAUGCCUUUGAUAAUCAUGAUUCUAAAAGAUAUCCCCAGCCUGGACCACUUUACAACAAGAAGCAAAUUUUUUCUGUGCAAGAGGAGUGUCCAAAUUUUUCCCGACAGUUCUCAAGAGAACCGCUUGAGUGA